CUUAUCUAUCUGCGACUGUAGUGAGGAAGCACUCAGAGAAACAGACAUGGCGUUAGAGCAAGCAGUAUCAUCGUCUACAACCUCGAGAAACGUGCUCGUCUUCCCCAAAACCCUCCUUUCGAAACCCCACUUCGGAGUUGCUUCUUCUCCCUCGUGGAGAACGCAACGCUGGAAAGGGUUGGGGAGCUUGAAGUGCUCCAUGACAACGACGUCGUACCCUAAGCCCUCCGAGAUUCCGUGGCAGAAGGAGCUCUGCAACUCCGUCAACCUCAUCGGCAUCGUCUCCGUCCCCGUCGAAAUCAAGCAUCUCCCAUCCGGCAAAGUAGUCGCCUGGACCUGCCUCUCUGUCAAGAAAAGCGCCACCCAAACUUCGUUGAUAAACCUCACUUUCUGGGACGACCUCGCGCUUGUCGCUUCCCAGCAUCUUCAGAAAGGUCACCAAGUUCACGUUUCCGGUCGCCUCAUAACCGACACCGUAGAAAGCGAGGAAGGCAAAACCAACACCUACUACAAGGUUGUUGCUCAACAGCUGAACUUUAUUGAAAGGAAUCUCUCAAAGGUGCCAUUGGCCGAUAUAGAGUCUGAUGGAAAUGGUAGGAAAGUAAGCAGUGGUACUGGUUCUGUGGUGGAAUUAUGGCAGGCGUUCUUUGCUAACCCAGGAGAGUGGUGGGACAAUAGGAUGACAAAGAGGAACCCAAAAGCCCCUGAUUUCAAACACAAAGAUACAGGGGAAGCUCUAUGGAUCGAAGGCAGAUACACUCCACAAUGGGUGAGCUCCCAAUUGGAAAUACUGGACGCAAGAAUGGGGUCUAAUGCUGGUCACAGCGCUAGGAUGCCUGUAAAUAUGGUGGCUGCAGAUGAAAUCUUUUCGUUCUAAGCGCUCCACGUAAUAUUCAAUUUCAACAGUGAAACUUCUUUGUACAGUUUUGCAUUUUUCCCCUAAUUUUAAACUUGACGUGGCGGCACUGAUAAUGGUAAGUUUGUCUUUGGGAUCUAUUUAGUUAGCACUCAAUUAACUGUUUCGUAUUAUGCGUUCCCUGUGCACUAAUAUAUAUGUUUGAUUGAUGGUAGAGAAUGAAAUAAAUUGGACUUAGAUGGGAUCAAA